CCAGGACUCAGGCACCCUCCGGUGCAAGGCCAUGGGGCCACGGGCCACGGCGAGGCAGGCGGAGGCCCAGCAGCUGCAGGAGCUGCGGAGCCGGACGGAGAAGGCCGAGAGGAGACUUCUGGCCUGCGAGAACCUGGUCGGGGAGCUGGGCAACCUCCUGCAGGACUACGGGCACCUCCAGCAGCGGCUGGACAACGUGGAGAAUCUCCUGAAGAACAGGAAUUUUUGGAUCCUGCGGCUGCCCCCCAGCUCCCGGGGGGAGAUCCCCAAGGUCCCGCUCACGUUCGAUGACAUCUCGGUGUACUUCAACGAGGAGGAGUGGGAGAGGCUGGAGCGCUGGCAGAAGGAUCUGUACCGGGCUGUGAUGAGGGGCAACUACGAGAUGCUGGUCUCCCUGGACUACGCCAUCUCCAAGCCUGACAUCCUGUCCCGGAUGGAGAGGGAUGAAGAGCUCUGCAUCCGAGAGGGUCAGGAGCUCCCACUGACAGACCUCGGAAAGGAUCAGGAGCCCCCAGGGGCACCAGAAGAGAUGGACCAGACGGAAGAGCCUUUGGGAGAAGACGAAUUCCACUUGGAAUUUGACACGGAUGAUGAUGUGUCCACACCUGAUGCCCUGUUCUGGAUCGAGAGGGAUGAAGAGCACGGUGUCCAAGAAGGUCAGGAGACCCUGUCGAUACAAAUCAGAGACAAUCAGGAGUCCCCACAGACAAACGUCCCCAGCGGUCAAGAGUCCCCACAGACAAGCAUCCCAGAUGGUGAGAAGUCCCCACAGACAAACGUCCCAGAUGGUCAGAAGUCCCCUCAGACAAGUGUCCCAGAUGGUCACAAGUCCCCACAGACAAGCGUCCCAGAUGAUCAGAAAUCCCCACAGACAAGUCCUCCACAGACAAACGUUCUAGAUGGUCAGAAAUCCCCACAGACAAAUGUUCCAGAUGGUGACAAGUCCCCACAGACAAGCGUCCCAGAUGGUCAGAAGUCUCCACAGACACCAGAAGAGACGGGCCAGAAGGAAAAGGCUUUGGGACAAGAUAAAGUCUCCAUGGAAGCCAACACAGAGCUCCCCAUCCUGGUGAUGAACGUCAUGUCUCUGAGCGCGCAGGACAAGGAGCUGCGUGGGGAAGGUCGGCCCGAGGAGGAGAUGGAAGAGGACCCAGCUGAGCCCAGCCCCGAGGAAAGCUUUUUGCCGGGAAAUGAAGCGGCGUGUGAAGGGGCUUCUCCUCCUGAAAACCUCAAGGUGAAGGAAGAGGUUUCUGCGUCCUCUCCCAGCCCGGAGAUGCAGAAGUGCCCCAAAAGCGAGCAGGGCAAGGCCAAGCCCAAGAAGAAGCCGAGCCGCUGCGCGGGCAGGAGGCUCCUGAUGGGCAACUGCCGUCGCGGGGACGUGCGCGAGUGGUCACACCCCUGCACCGAGUGCGGGAAGCGCUUCCGCCUGAAAAUCAACCUCAUCAUCCACCAGCGGAGCCACGCCAAGGAGGGGCCCUACGAGUGCACCGUGUGCGAGAUCAGCUUCACCGACAGGCACCGCCUGGACCUUCACCAGAGCAUCCACGUCAAAGACAGGGCCUUUGGGGCCAAGGUCUGGGGGAACGUCCACCCGGAGCUGAGGAUCCGGCCCAGGAGGAAGGGCCAGGUGGCUUUUUGUGGAGAUACCAACGGCUUGAACCACGAGACUCACUCUGGGGGGGGUACCUGGCUGGGCCAGGCCAAGGAGGAACUGGAUAGAGGGAGCCUGCCCAGCAUGUGUUUCUCCCGACAGCAGAGACGUCCCGAGACGAAAUGCAUUUAUUGCAAAAAGAUUCUCUCCUGCCCCUCUUCUCUUCAGCGGCACCUGCAAACCCACUUGCAGGACAGGCCGCACUGCUGCACCACCUGCAAGAGGUGCUUCACCCGCCGCACCCACCUCUACCGACACCAGAAAAUACACGACCGGCAAAAAGCCCUGGCUGAGCCCCACCAGCCCAUCCCUGUCCCCGUCCCCCCGCCGGCCCGGCAGCCCCAGCCACGGGCAGCCCCAACGCCUCCUCACUCAUCCCUCCAGGAAUCCAAGAAAAACGUGGCCACCAAAGGGGUUCCAGCAAACGUGGGCCUGCUGGGUCCUGCAGAACUCGGGGGGCUGGGCAAGGACCACCAGAUCUGGGGUGAGAGGAGCGUCCAGACGGGGGUCAGACUAAGAAAUAGGGUGGUGGUUUCAGAGAACUGACGACACGAGGGACCCAAGCUGCUGGAGAGAAACGGCGAGCGUUGAUGUUUGCACGUGGUGGAGCACCGUGGGGCUGCGCGCCGUCUCGUCCACUGGGUUUUAGGAGCUUUCCUGGGUUGUAGAAGGAAUCGAAAGGUUGGGUCCCACCACAGAGAGCAAACGAUUUGCCUCCAGUGAUCCCAAGCGCUUCGCCAUUCCUCAGACUCCCCAUUUCCCCUGGCUGACUUUGUUGGGAGGUGAGCAGGCACGAAUCCUACAACCCGGAGAGAGGAAUUGCCACCAGCCCUUGAGCUCCCCUGUUUAUUUCCCGCUGGAGCUGACCCUUCUCCUCCAGAAAUCCAAGGAAUUACGCAGUGAAGAGGACGAGAGAGAAGGGGAUGAAGCUGGUGGGAUUCCCAAGGAGCUCUUCACCUCACCGAAGGCAAGAAUUUCUUGCCCCCAGCCACUGGAUGAAGAGACCGUGCCAUCUCCGAGGCCCCCACCGCCUCCUGGCCACGCUUUGCUCUGGUGAGGAAGUCUCCCAACCCCCUCCAUCAGGCUGGGGAACACCCGAGCCUUGUGUUAAGAAGAUAUGGAGGAGGAAUCACACCACAACAUUUCCCUCCUGGCCCCGAGGGGGUUUUUGAGGUCCCAGCAGCUCUUCUUCCCCCAACAAGAAGCCCCCAGAAACACCCACCGAGUCACCUCGGGACCCGCCUGCACCGAAGGAGAGUCGCUUUAGAAAUAAUUAAUGGUGGAAUCACCCCUGUGCUGCGGCAGCAACAGUCGGCGCCAGGACCCCUCCUGGGGGCUCAGAUGGUUGUCAGCUGUGGAAGGAAACCCCCGCCCCACUCUCCAAAACGCGGGUGUUUUUUAGUCAUGUGCAAAAUCCCACUAAUUAGUCCCGCGGAAGCCUCGUUCUGCUACCUACCUCAAACCUCUGGUGGAGUGAGACCUGCCCCGGUGGCCCAUGGGGACCUGGAGCCUGGUAAGUGACAGAAACCACCUCAGGUGGUGGCUCCGACGUCCCCAGGAACCGCUCGAACUGCUCCUGUCCACGGACGGAGCCCCUCGAGCAUCGUCGUGUACGGAGAGAAGGGGAAAUCACUGAAUCACUCCGGGUGGCAUCGCCCUGCGGACCAACCCGAGCAGCUCUUGGGACUCAUGGAGUUUACUUUUCUGUGUGGUUUUUUUUAUUUUUCCUUAAGUGGUUUGAUGUUAAUUAUUUGACGUCACUCAGUCCCUGUCUCUCUCCAGGUGGGGAGCAGGGAGAAAACCAGUUUGCUUAUCGAAUUUUAUCAUUCCUGGCUACUCACGAGGUCUGAUGGGCUACCAGGGAGGUUGCUGCGGGCCCCUGCUGCGUCCUGGUGUAACCCUGUGCCACCAGAGGGGACAGCGGUGACAGAGCUGCUCCUUGGAGACACACGUGACAUCCCACUGCUCCUUCGGGCUGCUUUCUCUCAAUCCUGUCCCCCAGGAUUGUGGCUUGUGCCAGGACUGGAGUGUUAGCCACAAGGAGGUGAUGGUGGCAGACAGGUUGUCCUCGUGUCCCCAGUGGGUUGAUGGUGGCGCCGUGAUGGUGGGUCCUGCUCCGGCACGGCCUGUAGUGGCCAAACCAGUUCUCCCUGCCCGGGUAGAGACCCCCCAGUUGAUCCCAGUGACACAAGUCAACUGGUGUGACACUACUGCUGGUGGGCAACACCUGCAAGGCCAGUGUGGGUGGCCGUGGGGGGGGGCAGACCUUCCCUCGAGCCAGUUCCACCCCCCCACACCCUGGGACAUUUCUGCUGAAGCUGUUGUGACUGGGACCAUCGUUUCCCAUGAAAUCCCAGACCCCUUUUCUCAGGCUACAGAGUUAAAUAAAGUAUUUGUCUGUA